CGUUUUUUUGUCGCGCAUAAAUAUUAUUUUUUACUGUGUUGUGUCUUGUAUUGGUGCUUAAAUUAAUUGUUAAAUAAACAUUAAUGUGUUGUUAUAAAUGUUCUACUUGUAAAAUUUAAUUGUUUAUUUUUAAUAUUUUAAAAAAGCUUUAAUAAGAAUUAAAAUAAAAAAUGCCUUAUCAAAAUCAUUCGAGACGUGAUCGUGAUGACCAUCGACUUCCAGUAUCAAGAGAGGAAGAAUUAAGAUUAAUGAGAAUAAGAAAAGAGUGGAAAAAAAUGCAAGAAUUAAAAGAAAAACAUGAAAGACAUAAACAAGAACGUAUUGAAAAAUUUGAAUUAGAAAGAGCUCGCAAGCUGGCCUUGCAAAAAUCUAAAACUAAUAGAUCAUCACAUAGUCCAGAUUCUAGUCGAAGUCGAUCAAGAGAUAAUAAUAAAUCAAGGUCUGGUAAUCAUUCAAUAGCAUGUAAAACAUCAAUUAUGUCUGAAAAAUGUGAUACUGGAAGUUCAAGUACUAAAUUAUUCAAAGGUCCCGAAGGAACAAAAAUUAGUAUAGAUGAACUUAAAAAAAUUAAAAUUGAAAUUGGUAAACAAAAGAAGAUUGGAUCAACAAAUAAAACAGCUGAUAUUGAACGUGAUAUUAUUAAUCCAGAGGAUGUAAUUGUUAGAAGACGAGAUGGAGAAGGUGCAAAUCCAAUUUUCGAACGUGAAGAAUUAAAUCCAAAAGAUACUGAAGAUAAAGAGCGACGAGUUAUUGUUGAAACAAAUGAAAAAAAUGAAAAUAAAAGACGACGUUCAAUUUCAUUGAGCCCACCACGUCGAAGUCGAAGUCCUUCACGUCGUACCUCCAGGUAUGACUCUUCGUCAAAUUACUAUCUUGAGACAAAUAAUAGACACAGAAGUCAUAGUAGAGAAAAACGUGAUCGUCACAGAGAUUAUAGAUCUUCUCGAAGAUCUAGUUCAGAACGUUCACAUAGACAUGAAUCUCAUCGUUCAAAUUCUCGUGAACGAAUUAAUAAUUACAGAAAUAAUAGUCACAAUAGAGAUACACAUUAUAUGCAUCUAGAUGCUCGUGAUUAUGCGAGAAAUGAUUUAAGAGAUAGAAGACUUUUACCACCGUACUACAAUAUUGAACCAAUGCCAGUUUCAUUUUACUAUCCAAAUUUUGCCAGACCAAUUAUGAUUAAUCCAAUGAUGACAAUGAGAGGACCACUACCAAUUGGAAGAGGCAGGAUGCCACCAAUAAUAGCACCUGUUCGUCCACCAUUUAUGCCACGAGGAUUUAUACCUCCAAAAGUUUUUAGACAAAAUAUUCCACCAACACAAAGUUAUUCGUCAAUGAAGUUAAAAUCUAUUCUGGCAGGGGAAGGUGCAAAACCAAUUUUUUCACGUGAAGAAUUUAACUCAAUGUCAACUGAAGAUCGAAGAGUGAUAAAUCUUGAUGACCAACCAAUCGCUAAUUCACGUCGUUCUCGUCGUUUGAAUUCACGAACUCCUCCCCCGUAUCGUCAUUCAAGUCGAAGUCCACAUCGAGGACCCAGGCAUGAAUCAUCAUCUAGGCAUCAUGGUAAUCACAAUGAAAGACAUGGAAGUCCAAGAGAACACAGAAAUUCAAGACACAGCAGUUAUCAUCGUUCACCAUUACGUGAUGAACGUGAUAGCAGAUAUCAUUCGAGUAGAAGUUCAACUCAUCGAGAUUACCAUCAUGCUCGUGAUAAUUCUAGAGAUCGAAGAAACGGAGAUGAUAGAAUUCGUGAUCGAGGCAUUUCAUAUCCUCAUCCCUACAUGACUGAGCCAAUACCACUUUCUAUGUAUUACGGGAACUUUGUAAGACCAAUGAUUAUGGAUCCACUGAUGGCAAUGCGUGCACCAAUGCCACCAAUGAUGAGAGGAAGAGUACCACAAAUGAUGGGACAUAUGAGACCACCUUUUGGAGCUAGAUUUCAAUUACCCCCACAAAUAUUUAGACCAAAUAUGCCACCAAAUCAAAGAUUUGGUCGUAUGUUUUGAUGAAACAAAUAAUCUAGAUACAAAUGUAAUUUGUUUCUACUUUUAACGUUAUAGUAAAAUGUAAAUAAAUGCUCAAAAUUUUUUAUUAAAUGAAAAUAAUUAUUUUCAUUUAUAAUUUUUAUUAUGUGAUGUCUAUUUUUAAUUAAU